UAUAUAUUUUUAAUUAUAAUUUAAACGAUAGUAAUUAUUAACAAUUGUAAGGAUAAAGAACUAAGUUUUACAAGAUAAUUCCGUAAUUAAUCGUAAUUAAUAGGUCAAUUUUAUAUCGUAUUCUAUCUUAUUCGUCGAAUAGUAUUUAAAUACUCUAUAAGAUUUAUGAAUUCGGAAAGCUUGAUGGAUAUUGUUUCACGUAACGGAUGAUAAUGAAACUUCCAAAGUUGUUUGACUUGACGACAAUCACGACGACUUUUUCGAUUCGCACGUGCGCUCUUGUUAACACGUUAUUAUUGCUGUGUUUCGAGAGGGAUGCCAGCAAUGCCCAAGCACCUUGCACCGGCCACCUUGCAGCACUCACAUAAGCAUAAGAUCUCUAUCUUUUUUCGACUAUCUCUCUCUCUCUCUCUUCCUCUCUUUCUUUUUCUCUCAUCACUGCCUGUAUGCAAGAUAUAUUUGUAAUAAUCACAAAAAGCAGACUCAAAAGACAAAAGCUGUGUGUGCCCACGGGUCGUUCUCCGUUGCAAUGUCCUUGGGUUUUGUCAAUUUCAGGGAAGGAGGCGAGACCUUCGGCGGCUUGUCGGGGAUGCUGCGCCAGAUUCUCUCGCCCUCGCCCGAGAUCGGGGAGGCCGGCAUGUCCGUCAAUUGUAAUCUCCUACAGACCAACUCGAUAUUCUCGAAUCAAUCGUCGAUGCUAUCGUCGACGUUGCUCCCCCCGCAUUUUCAGUCCGUAUGCCCGGAACAGUCUCUGCUCGAUCAGAUGCAGAUCUUUCCCGAGUCCUAUCCGUGUCCCACGUGCGGGCUGGAAUUUCGAAGCGCCCUUAAGCUAAACUACCACAUGCGAACCAGUCACGCCGCGCGGCCGGAGUACGAGCACGGUAUCGAGAAUCAGCCGAGGUACUCGUGCGCGAUCUGCUCGUGUACUUUCAUUGCUCUGAACCACCUGAGGAUGCACGAGGUCACGCACUCCGCGUCCGUGCCGACGUGCGCCUCGACCUCCACCAGUCUCGCGUCGCCCGUCGGCAACGUGGAGAAAACGUUCGCCUGCGAUCUCUGCCAGGCUAGCUUUCGGUAUCGCACGCUACUGGAACGUCACCGGAGAAUGCACCAGGAGGUCGGCCAGGAGAAACCCUAUUCCUGCUCGAGGUGCCUGAUGCGCUUCGAGACGCGCAACUUGUAUAAUCAUCACGCGAAAACCCACAGAGUAACGCCGACGAGUAACGACAAUCGGAUAGUCGCUGGUACCAACGCGAUGCCGUCGUCCGUCGAUCCGAUGGUGACCGGCAAUCUUGGCGUAAUCGGCGGCAGCGGCAGCGGCGGCGGCGGCGGCGGCACCACCGGCACCAGCGGUGGUCCCGCAAAGUCCAUGCCUUCUUAUCCCUGCGACUCGUGCUCUAAGCAAUUUACGACCGCCGAAUCGUUGACCACGCACAAGGCGGUCCACAGGUCGCGACCGUUGGUCUGUGACGUGUGCGGCAAGGGCUUCACGCAUCGCAAAUAUUACGUGGUGCAUCAACGCAUCCACACCGGCGAGAGGCCGUAUCUCUGCGCUAUGUGUGGCAAAUCGUUCACGCAGGCGUCGACGCUCACCGUACAUCGUCGUUAUCAUACGGGAGAGCGUCCGUACACCUGCACGUUAUGUGGAAAAGGGUUUGUCACGCGAACGAUUAUGCUUAAUCACAUGAAGAAGCAUUGAGCCGACCAAGAUCGAUCGAUAGGAUCGAUAGGAUCUUGGCCGGGCGCGAUUAAAUUUCAAGUUUCGUGAAUGUUCUAGAAAAGAUAAUAUAUAUUCUUAUUUGAUCUCAAAGUUUAAUAUUUCAUCAACAUUCUAGAGGAAAAGUACUGAAUACUAAAAAAUUUUCUAAUUAAAAGUUGUGCGGUAGAAU